UGCAUUCUUACAAUUUUUUUUUUGUUUCGUGGAAAAGUAUUUAAAUUUGUCCUGGUUCUGCUGUAAAUUAAGCUGCUUUAUCCUUAUCUCCAUUCAUCUCGUUAUUUCUUGAUUUCUAUCCGUUAAGCGCCAAAGAAACAAAAGUUGAUGUCUUUGUCACAGACUGUUGAGUUUAAUAUUGUUAAUUUCUGAGUUGCAUCCAAGGGUGUGGCCUAGUGGUCAAUGAAGUAGUUGUAGGUUUAAGAGAUGAGAGGGGUUCAAAUCCUAAUAGGGACAAAAAAAUGCUAGGUGAUUUCUUCUUAUCUGGCUAAGCCUUGGUGGACAAAGUUCUCCGAUACUUAUGCUGGUGGGAACUAGUAGCCUUGUCAAUCUCACUACUUCAUUUACUGAUCAAAAAAUAAAAAGAAUCUCACCGCUAGGUAGGGUACACCAUAGUCCAAAUGCAGAUUGGUAUCUUUGACACUGAGAAUAAAAAAGGCACUUAUUAAGGGUUACACUAUAAGAGAGACCUGUACCUGUAUGUAGGGGAACAUGUUGUGUCAAUGUAGGAGCAGUGGCGGAGGCAGGAUUUCUAUCAAGGGGAUUCAAAAAAGACUAAGGACGCUAAUAGUGUUGACAAAUGAGUAGGAUCAAAUAUGAGUGGAUCAGUUUAGAUAUGAGGGGCCAGACAAAGUUCAACUCUAACUCAACACGAAAACCAAAACUGGAGACUCAAAGAAGAAAAGAAGCUACCUUUAAUCAUCAAAUUUGUGAGCAGACUCGAAGAAUGUACACUUUGUACAUGGAACACACAGCUGCAUUGCAUGAACAGGUUCAAUUUUGUACAUGAUAAAUUGUGUAAAGUAGGAUUUUUCUACUUUCUAAAUAUACAGAUUCUAAAAUCAGAAGCCCAUAAACCCAUAUAAAUAUGUCUAAGUUUUAAACUUUAGUCACAAUUGACACUUCCAUAAAUACAACAACAACAACAUACUCGGUCAAUUCCCACAAAGUGGAGUUUUGGGAGGGUAGAGUGAACACAAGCCUUGCCUCUACCUUAGAAUGAGUACCAUAUGACUUGGGUGAGAAGGGUAAGAAAAACAUAUAUCAUCUAGUUCAACAUCUCCAUCAGGAGUGCACCAACAAUCGAGAUGUUAUAAGAAAUAUCUCUAUUGGUUUUCACUUUAACAAAAUAAGUAAUGGCCAGUGGAAUACGAGCUUCUUACUACCAACACCCCAUAAGAGGAUGUUUGUGAGUGAAAAGGGCACACUAACUUUAUAGGGCACUUAUCUCCUGAAAUAGACAUGCUUGAGAUGCAAUCCAGAAGCUGAAACACUCUCCUACUUGCUCCUUCAGCUUUCAUGGCUGUUGUAAAUAAACAUAGAGACGAUAUUGAUGAACCAACUGUAAGGAAUUCAGUUGUGAAUUAGUCCUUGAUACAUUCAUGGAAUGACUUCUCUAAAUCCCAUUUCAAUAAUAUCCUAUUUUUAAUAAGAUUUUCUCUCUUGGAAAACUCGAUUUCCAUUAUAAAAGAAAAGAAAAAUCCUAUAAAGAAUGAAGGAUGUAAGAGAUCCUAAGAAUGAAGGAUGUAAGAGAUCCUGCGGUCAUGGAGCCUCUAAUAGCCAAAUAAGCUCCAUAAAUCACCACAACAAUAAUCUAUAAAGUUGAUGCUGCACUUAGCCCUCUGGAAAAUAGACCAACCACUUCCUGUGACCGAAACAUGGUGAUAAAUGAAAUUCACUAAUUAAUUUAGUCUCUAUACAUCUUGUAAGAUGUAAGAAAAGGAGAACCAACUCAUGAGUAUGCUUACUGCUACUGCAGCAGGCUUACUGCUAACAAAUGACAUACUGAAUCGCGUAUGUUAUCUACCAAAAUAUAGGGAAAGUUUAAUCUCAUUACAACAAAUACUUCUCAAAAGAUGUCAUAGUGGCUAAACCAGGUGAUGUUUAGCAGAACCUGAAAAGCUAUAUGUCAAAUAUUUAUACACAUGAUAACAGUUCAGAAGUUAUAAACUACUAAAAUCGAAGCAUACAAAUAAAGUUUAGUCCAUUACCAUCAAUCUCCAAACAACUUAUUAAUAAAUUACUUAUUAACAACUGGCAAGUACUCAACUAACUCAUAUCGGUAACACAUACUCACAUUAUUGGUUUGGUUGUUUUCGGUGUAAGGAAGCAAGUCCAAUUCCAGCGGAAAUGAAACAUGCUUGGCACCAUUCCGAACAACAGAACCGUCAUUUUGGAACCUCUUCAAAUGGAAGACAGCAAUGGAAGGGGCAGUAUCUAACAUCAACUGCUUGUCAAUUGAGACUUGCAAGUUACAUUGUUCACAAGUAAAUCGAUCUCGGGAUCAUCAAGUUUCUCAACUCUUGUGACUGAAUCCAAUGUUGAAUGUAAGCUGUCAAAAUCUUUGAUCUCCAAACUCACGUUAAUAAGAGGCUCGUAACUAGCAGCUGCUUGAGUUUCGUGUGACAGCUUCCUUAGAUAGCGCCCAAAUUUACGGACGCCAAUGCAAAUAAUAGGCACAACAACUAGAGACAACACUAACCAAGUAAAAGAACACUAAUGAGGAGAAGUGGCAUAUGUAGGCAAUUAAUGUGGGCUUGGGAAACUGGAUUACGAGAUACUCACAUGUCAACUUCUGGGAUGAUGAGCUUUUGAUAGGUUGGUAGUUACAAUAUUUUUAAUGAUUUGAGUUUCUUCUGAUAGCCUGCUUAACAGUUCUCCGUUCAAGUAGAACUAUAAUUUGCCUACUCACAUCAAAUAAGGGUAUUUCCUAUAAGAACUAUAAUUUGUCAAGAAGAAAUAUGGCUCAGCUCUUAACCUAGGCAUUUUGUUGUCUCCGUGUCGUUAGUCAUGUCAAGUUUUUGGCAAAUGAAACAAUUGUAUGCAAUAGUUUAGAAGAUUAAAGAGACGUGAAAAAGGAGGAGAGGGAGAAUUUUACUUGAGGGAUAAGGUGACUAAAUAAAUUCUUUCUCAGUCGAACAAAGAGCCUUUCACUGACCGAAGAAAACAACCAUGUCCGAAAUGCAGUGAACAGAGAGCUAAAAAGGAUAUUUUCAAGGCUAAAAAAUACAAACUAAAGUAUGCAGAAACCAAGUUAAGGUAUCAUGUGAUUAUUAGAGGUAGAGACUCAAAAACAUAACUUUACUAUUGAAAAUGCAACUGCAUACAUUAUUACAAUUGUACUCUACGAGGUUUCAUAUCUUGAAAUGUCUUAAUAAUAGCAUCAUUAGAAAUAUUAUCAAAUACAUUUUUUUCUAAAUAAGACACCAAACAACCACUCAUUCGACUCCGCAAGUCAUUUUUGAUAAACUUCAUCUCCGAAAAAACUCUUUCAACGGAUGCAGUGGCAACGGAUAGAAGUUGAGCAAGUUUCACUAAGCGGAAUACUAGAGGAUAAUUUGAAUGUUUUUUUGUCUGCACUAAUCUUUUGGCGAAAGAUCACAUGGCCGCUGAGAUAGGAAAACCUUUCAUCAACAUCACGAACAUCAACAAUGUAACUUGCAAGUUGAUUCUCAAUAGUACCCAUAUUAGAUUCAAUAAAGUCAUCUGGAUAUAACUCCGUCAUUCUCAUUAUUUUUUUGAUGUCAAAACUUGAAAAUGAGUUAAUUGGGUUUAAACAAGCAAUUCCAUGGAGCAAAUCAGUUGUCACCUUAUCAAAACGAUCAUUGAGUUGUUGGAGUUAUCAAUCAAUAAUAUUGCAAAACACGUCAACACAAUAAUGAUGUAAGAUUGUAUAGCUAGCAAGUUUACAUUGGGAUCUUAAAGAGCUAACAUAUGGUUCUUCAAAGUUAGGUAUCAAAAUAUCAUGUUUGGUACAAAAUAUAAACAUCUUUAUUCAUAAGAGAAUCCAAUUUAUUAUCUUUUAAAACUUGCAACCUUCUCUUUGCUACUUCAACAAGUAGUAUGGUAUUUGCAAAUAUCUUGCUCUUUUUCUGUAAGCAUUUCUUAAGCUCAUUUGUGAUGGCCAAAAUAUCUCUCAUCAAAUAUAACAUGAAAGUAACCUCAAAUGUUCAACAAGCUUCAAGAUGUCCCAUUACCUUGGCUCUUUCAUCCAUAUUUCGUGCAUCAAGAACAAGUGAUUCAAGAAUAUCAAGAAUAGAGCCAAACAUCAAAAUAAAAUUGCUAAAGGAUUUAUAAUGAAAACCGCAAUGAGUAUCAUAAGCUCUUGAGAGACCAAAUUGUUGAUUCAAGCCCCUACCGGUAGUAACUUCACCCAUAUCUAAUGCCUCUUGAAUUUUUUCUUUUUGAGAAUUUCGAAGUUCAUCCAUACACUUAAAAGAAGAUCCCAACACAUUUAAAAUAUUUGAAACCAACACUACAAGCUUUCUCACUUCAAUACACUUUUUUGAGACUCCGACAAGUGUUAGUUGAAGUUGAUGAGCAAAAAAAUGGAUAGAAUGAGCCAAUUUACUUUCUUGUCUAAUCAACAUUUUACGAUCAUUGAUCUCACUUUGCAUAUUACUUGCCCUAUCAUAACAUUGUCCACGCACGGAUAAUAUACUCAAGGAAUGUUGAGCAAGUAAAUUAACAAUUGCCUCCUUUAGAGAUAAAGCACUAGUAUCUUGAACAUGAACAAUGUCAACAAGUUGCUCCAUUACAAAUUCUAUUCUAUCAAUAUAUCGCAAUACAAUAGCCAUUUUCUCUUUACGGGACACAUCAAAAGAUUCAUCAACUAGUAAAGCAAAUUAGUUACCAUUUAAUUCCUCAAGAAUAACUUUAAUUGUCUCUAUUUUACAUGCAGUCACAAUAUCUUUCUGAAUCAUUGGAGAAGUCACUUGAUUAUUUAGAGGAGCGCAUGUUCUAGCACAUAGUAACGAAUUUUAUCACACUUUUUUGCAUACCAUGAGAGUAUUUGAAGAAAGUUACCCCUACUAAGUGAUGAUUUAGAAUCAUCAUGACCUCGAAAUGCAAACCCCUGUGUUAUGAGAAGUGUUACCACAUCAACCGAAGUAAUUAAGCGAAUCAAAUAUCCCUUUUUAAUUUGAUUCGAUUGCUUAUCAAAUCCAAAUUGAAUCGAUUGUCGUUGUCGUAAUAAAUCUUGACAUUUCUUCUUUGAUUGAUUAUGUAUUCUAUUUGGUGGACCAAUAUGUUUUCCAAGACUUUCUUUUUAUGCCAACUUCUAAAUCCUGUAGUUGAAAAUAAUUCACCUCCCCUUUGAUGAAUGCUUUUGUCUUUAAAAAGAUAACAAUACAAACGAUAGACUGCAUCUUUAAUAACACUAUACUCCAACCAAUCAUGAUAUACAUCAUCAAAUCAUUCAUGAUUGAAACGACGCACUGAUCUGGAAAUAUUUGUUUGAGGAUACUUAUGAAUCUUCAAACGAUGUUGGCAAGGACCAUUCAAGAGAUAUUUUCUUCUAAUGAGCAGGGGCGGAGCUACGUGGACUCCAAGGGUUCAUUCGAAACCCCUUCGUCGGAAAAUUAUACUGUAUAUAUAUAUAUGCUGAAGUUUUUUUCGAUGUGUAUAUAUAUUAAGUUGAACCCUCUUGACAUAAGCAAAAAAAUUGGUUCAGUGGCCAAGGAGGUUCAAACUUUUCACGCAGAGGGCCUCAUGGUCUCGGGUUUCGAAACCCAUUCACGACACUUUUUAAUUUUUUUUACUUCAGGCGUUUUAGAUAUUAGAAAGAAAGUUGGGCUUCUUUUUCCUUAUUUAAAGAAUCAAAGCGGUGUCGUUUUGUUUUUAAAAAAGGGGAGAAAUUGAAUUAAAAGAAAUCCCUAAUUCAAUGUCAAACAAUAAAAAUUAAUACACCCUAUCUAUUUCUCUUUCUAAGAAAGUCAGCUCUUUCUCUCCAAGCUGAGCUUGCUGGCUGCUGCUCGCCUUUUGGAUUUUACUUCUUCUUUUGAUUAUCAUCGUUAUUUGUCGGGCGUCGGGCAUCUCCCUCCGACCUCCACUUGGCUCCGAUCUUUUCAAUCUCUAUUAUUGCUUCCUCGGUGUGUUUUCAAUUCUUUUUAUUUUAUUUUAUUUUUUCAGAAUUCUAUUUCUAUUGUUCUAUAUAUGUGUGUGCUACUUGGAUUUUAUUUUUAUUUGUGUGAAUCUCUUUUUUUAUUAUAUGAUUUAUGGUGUAAAAGAUGGCCGAUUUUAGCUUUCAUUGCUUUUAAGGGUCACUGCCAGUCUGCCACUAUCUUAGAACUUAGAAAUAGAAACAUUAGUUGAGGAAAAUAAAAAAAAAGUUCCAUUGUUCCAAAUUUCAAUUUUUAAUUCCUACUAGUUAUGUUGUGACUUGUGCAUCAAUUGGAACCAAAUUAAUAAUGCAAACAACUAAAACAAAAUGACGUGCCUACUUUCUAUGUCUAGUGCUUGCUGGUUCUAAAUUCCACCAUCUUUUCUAUUGAUAAUGUGCCUACUUGACUACUUAUUCAACUGUACAACCUAUUUUGAAUUUCGAGAGUUAAACAAGAAAAUAUGUCAUUACUUGAUUUUUAUAAGUUUUAACUAAGUUAUUACUUUACGACAGUCUCAACAUUCGGUGAAGAAAUAUUUUACCACAAUACCAAAAUCAAAUUUAGUCUCCAUGAUACGGAAAUACAAUUUAGUCUCUCAUAAUCAUAAUCAAUCUCACCAAGAAGAAAAUGCCAACCAUUUUGAAAUACCAUUACCUCCUUCUCAAGAAUUUGAUUUGAGUUUUUUAAAGUUUGAUCCUGGAGAAAAAAUCCCAAUAUUGAAGUAUCCUUCAAAAUAUCGUGAUCUUAUUAGAAGAACAUAUCUCUUGGAUGGUCCUUGCCAACCUCGUCUGAAGCUUCAUGAGUAUCCUCAAACAAAUAUUUCUGGAUCAAUGCUUCGUUUCAAUCAUGAAUGAUUUAAUGGUGUAUAUCAUGAUUGGUUGGAGUAUAGUGUUAGUAAAGAUGCAGUCUAUUGUUUGUAUUGUUAUCUUUUUAAAGACAAUAGGAUUCAUCAAGGUGGAAUCUACAAAAUUUAGAACUUGGCAUAAAAUGAAGAGGUCUUGGAAAACAUAUUGGUCUACAAAAUAACAUACACAAUCAAUCAAAGAAGAAAUAUCAAGAUUUAUUACGACAACGACAAUCGAUUCAAUUUGGAUUUGAUAAGCAAUCGAAUCAAAUUAAAAAAGGGAUAUUUGAUUCAAUUAAUUGCUUCGGUUGAUGUAGUAAGACUUCUCAUAACUCAGGGGUUUGCAUUUCGAGGUCAUGAUGAUUCUAAAUCAUCACUUUGUAAGGGUAACUUUCUUCACAUACUCUCAUGGUAUGCAAAAAAGUGAUAAAAUUCGUGAUGAUGUGCUAGAACAUGCUCCUCUAAAUGAUCAAGUGACUUCUCCAAUGAUUUAGAAAGAUAUUGUGACUGCAUGUAAAAUAGAGACAAUUAGAGCUAUUCUCGAGGAAUUAAAUAGUGAUUACUUUGCUUUACUAGUUAAUGAAUCUUUUGAUGUGUCACGUAAAGAGCAAAUAACUAUUGUAUUGAGAUAUAUUGAUAGAAUGGGAUUUGUAAUGCAUCGACUUAUUGACAUUGUUCAUGUUCAAGAUACUAGUAUUUUAUCUCUAAAGGAGGCAAUUGUUAAUUUACUUGCUCAACAUUCCUUGAGUCUAUAAUCCGUGCGUAGAUAAUGUUAUGAUGGGGCAAGUAAUAUAAUUGACUCAUUCUAUUCAUUGUUUUGCUUAUCUACUUCAACUAACUCUUGUUGGAGUCUUAAAAAAGUGUGUUGAAGUGGGCAAACUUGUAGUGUUGGUUUCAAAUAUUUUAAAUGUGUUGGGAUCUUCUAUUAAGCGUAUGGAUGAACUUAGAGAUUCUCAAAAAGAAAAAAUUCAAGAGUCAUUAGAUAUGGGUGAAGUUACUACCGGUAGGGGGCUUGAAUCAACAACUUGGUCUUUCAAGAGAUUGUGAUACUCGUUGGUGAUCUCAUUAUAAAUCUUUUAGCAAUUUUAUUUUGAUGUUUGGCUCUAUUCUUGAUGCACAAAAUAUGAAUGAAAGAGCCAAGACAAUGGGACAUCUUGAAGCUUGUCAAACAUUUGAGGUUCCUUUCACGUUGCAUUUGAUGAGAGAUAUUUUGGCUAUCACAAAUGAGCUUAAUAAAUGCUUACAAAAAAGAAACAAGGUAUUGCAAAUGUCAUGCUACUUGUUGAAGUAGCAAAGAGAAGGUUGCAAGUUUUAAGAGAUAAUGAAUAGGAUUCUCUUAUUGAUAAGGUGUCUUUAUUUGGUACUAAACAUGAUAUUUUGAUACCUAACUUUAAAGAACCAUAUGUUAGUUCUUUAAGAUCUCGACGUAAACUUGCUAGCUAUACAGUGUUACAUCAUUAUCAUGUUGGUGUUUUGCAAUAUUGUUGAUUGACAACUUCAAGAACUCAAUGAUUGUUUUCAAAUUAUCCUUUAAUAUUCUGUUUAGUGAAACUUGCUCUACUUUUACCCGUUGCCACUGCAUCCGUUGAAAGAGCUUUUCCGGCAAUAAAGUUUAUCAAGAAUGACUUGCAGAGUCGAAUGAGUGAUGAUUUUCUUAGUGGUUGUUUGGUGCCUUAUUUAGAAAAAGAUAUAUUUGAUAAUAUUUCUAAUGAUACUAUUAUUAAAACAUUUCAACAUAUGAAACCUCGUAGAGUACAAUUGUAAUAAUGUAUGUAGUUGCAUUUUCAAUAGUGAGCUAUGUUUUGAGUCUCUACCUUACUACCUCUAAUAAUCACAUGAUACCUUAACUUGGUUUCUGCAUUCUUUAGUUUGUAUUUUUUAGCCUUGAAAAUAUCCUUUUCAGCUCUCUGUUCAUUGCAUUUCGGACAUGGUUGUUUUCUUCGGUCAGUGAAAGAGUCGUUGUUUGAUCGAGAAAGAAUUUUUUUAGUCACCUUAUCCAGCAAGUAAAAUUCUGCCUCUCCUCCUUUUUCACGUUCUUUAAUCUUCUAAAUUAUUGCAUACAAUUGUUUCGUUUGCCUAAAACUUGACAUGACUAAGGCCACGGAGACAACAAAAUGCCUAGGUUAAGAGUUGAGCCACAUUUCUUCUUGACAAAUUAUAGUUCUUAUAGGAAAUAGCCUUCUUUGAUGUGACUUGAACGGGAGAAUUGUUAAGCAGGCUAUCAGAAGAAACUCAAAUCAUUAAAAAUGUUGUAACUACCAAUCUAUUAGAAGCUCAUCAUCCUAGAAGUUGACAUGUGAGUAUCUCGUAAUCCAGUUUCCUAAGCCCACAUUAAUUGCCGACAUAUGCCACUUCUCCUCAUUAGUGUUUCUUUACUUGUUAGUGCUAACUCCGUUGUUGUGCCUAUCAUUUGCAUUGGUGUCCGUAAAUUUGGGUGCUAUCUAAGGGAGCUGUCACACGAAACUCAAGCUGCUAGUUACGAGCUUCGUAUUGAUGUUAGCUUGGAGAUCAAAGAUGCUGAUAGCUUAUAUUCAGCAUUGAAUUCAUUCAUAAGAGUUGAGAAACUUGAUGAUCCUGAGAUCAGAUUUACUUGUGAACAAUGUAACUCGCAAGUCUCAAUUGAGAAGCAGCUGAUGCUAGAUAUUGCCCCUACCAUUGUUGUCUUCCAUUUGAAGAGGUUCCAAAAUGAUGUUUCAGUUGUUCAGGAGGGUGACAAACAUGUUUCAUUUUCACUGGAAUUGGACUUGCUUCCUUACACCGAAAACAUUCAAACUAAUAAUGAAGUGGUUGGUCUAUUUUCCGGAGGGCUAAGUGCAACAUCAACUUUAUCGAUUAUUGUUGUGGUGAUUUAUGGAGUUUAUUUGGCUAUUAGAGGCUCCAUGACCGCAGGAUCUCUUACAUCCUUCAUUCUUUAUAGCGGCACAGUUGGUUCAUCGAUAUCGUCUCUAUGUUUAUAUACAACAAACAUGAAAGAUGAAAGAGCAAGUAGGAGAGUGUUUCAGCUUCUGGACUGCAUCUCAAGCAUGUCUACAUCAGGAGAUAAGUGCCCUAUAAGGUCAAUGGCCAUCAGAGGAUGUCCUUUCCCACUACUGCUUGUCACGUGCAAGCAUUUUCAGGGAAAAAAGAAUCAUUGAGCUUGGAUCUGGCUAUGGCUUAGCUGGAUUGAUCGUUGCAAUGACCACAGAAGCACGGGAAGUUUUCAUAUCUGAUGGAAAUCCCCAAGUUGUUGAUUGUAUCCUUUUGAUUUAGUUGGGGGAUGAGCACUGUAGUUUGUUCCACUGAUUUUACCCAAUAUCUGGUACAUAUAGGUAAAACGAUAAUGCACUCUGCUAAGCUUCUUUCUUUACUUUAUGGAUUCAUUAAGCAUUGAACCCUUGCUUUUUAUUUCCUGGUGACAAACCUGUAUUGGUUAGGAUAUCCAGUGAUAAAAUUGUUUUUGAUUUUAUUGGGAAAA